AUGGCAUCCUCAGACAUCUUUGAUGUUCUCAAUAUCCAGAACCCAAGAACUAGCAAUCCUGGUUCUUCUGCUGGGACACCAGUACCGAGCCGUACUCCCAAGCCUCAAGUAACAGGUAUUCAGCGAGAGCUCUACAACUUACUGGGAGAUAAUACACCUCCCGUAGCUGUCCAAAAAGGGAGCAAGUUUAAAGACAAGCUGAGGGCCAUUGCGAAACCAUCACCUUGGACGCUCGCCGAGUAUGAAGUCAAACCAUCUGUGAAACUGCUUCACUGGGUAAAAGGGUCAAAAGAACUGGUUGAGCAGCAACCCCAGAAAAGCUCUUUCAGUAAAUAUAAUACCAAGCUUACAAUUCCUGCUUUUUCUGAAGAAGAAUACUUGAGUUUCAUGGGAUACACGACACCUGGGUCAAACCCUUUGAAAGAGUGGGACUACGAAGAAGUUCAACAUUUAUUUGACUUGUGUCGAAAAUAUGACUUGCGGUGGUUCAUCAUUCAGGACCGAUAUGAGGGAAAGCUUUUUGGAACAUUAGAAGAUUUGAAGGACGCAUUUUACACCGUAUGCCACCGCUACUUUCUUGCCAAAGAGCCAGCCAAUCCUCUAGUUGCGUCUUUGAACUUCUCUAAAGAAAAAGAGCUGGAGCGGAAACGGUACUUGCAGAGACUGCUUUCCAGAUCCGCUGCCGAGAUUGCUGAAGAAGAAGCUUUGAUAGUUGAAUCAAAGAAAUUUGAAAUGGCAGCCAAAAAAACCCUUAGCGAAAGGGAAACGCUUCUGCGCUUGCUGGACUCCCCUAAUUCUGACAAACCAGUAUCUCAAUUCUUAACGUCACAGGGAAUGACACAACUUUAUAACAGUCUUCUUUCAGAUAAAAGCAGGAAGCGAAAGCAUGAUCAAGUCGUUCCUGAGAAUCCAUGGAUGAAACAGCAACAGCAGUUCGCUCAGCAGAAACAGCACAUGCAGCACCUUCAGGAGCUCAAAAGCAGUAAUUCUCAUAUUCAAAACCAAGUUAAGAAAACAAAAAAACAAAAGCAAGAAAUGCAGAUAGCUGUUAAGCGAAAAGCUGAUAGUGAGUAUGCGGAACAACUUUUGCAGAACUUUACUGCAGAAGAAAGAAAAUCUCUGGGCGUACAAUGCCAUGGCGAGAAGUUGCCUCCAGGAGCUUUCUUGAGGUCGUCUAAAAUUUCUACUUUUAAAGCAGCGACCCAAAGUAAGGUUGCAGCUACGUUGCAAGAAUUAGGUUUGCCAACCCGGCCUGCUAUGCCUACCAUGGAAGUCAUAAAUCGUCAUGAAAUGUUGCUUAGUCGGAUAACAAACCUGCUUGACUUAAAAAAGCAGUUGGACAAACUGGAGGCCGAAAAAGAUAUACGGAAGCCAUAA